ACAACAUGGCGCUCGCGCCCAAGUCCGAGUCGCUGAGGAUCUUCGAAAAGGUCAAGCGCAAGGAGGCGAACAAGAUCUGCUUUGACUGCGGCGGCAAGAACCCAACAUGGUCCAGUGUUCCAUUCGGCAUCUACCUGUGUCUGGACUGCUCGGCACACCACAGAAACUUGGGUGUGCAUAUCAGUUUCGUGAGAAGCACGAACUUGGAUCAAUGGCAAUGGGAUCAGCUGCGACGGAUGAAGGUUGGCGGGAAUGAGUCUGCGACCAAGUACUUCCAGUCUCAUGGUGGAAGUGCUGCCCUGGCGAGCAAGGACCCAAAGACAAAGUAUACCAGCAAUGCCGCGAACAAGUACAAGGAUGAAUUGGCUCGACGAGUGGAGGCGGAUCAUAAGAAAUUCCCCGACGAGGUCGUGAUUGAAGACUCUCCCGAAGACGCCGACUCCGGAACUCAUACUCCAUCCGGUGAGCCUGGUGGCGACGACUUCUUCUCGUCUUGGGACAAGCCAACGAUCAAGCGACCCAGCAACCCUCCCUCGCGCACCGGAACUCCCUCCAACGUCAACCGUACCGCCUCCCCAUUCCUCAACGCCAAUGCUAACGGCAACGGCAUCGCUCGCUCCAAGUCGCCUCUGGUACCAGCCGAAGGAGCAACCACCGCUCCCGCCGCGGCAAAGUCCGUCUCGACAUCCGCGAUUCGCAAGACCGCAACAACAAGCAAGCCGAAAGCCAACAUUCUCGGAGCCAAAAAGACCAAACUCGGCGCGAAGAAAGUCGACGCCAGCGCAUUGGACUUUGACGAGGCGGAGAAGAAGGCUCGCGAGGAAGAGGAGCGGAAAGAGCGAUUGGGAUACGACCCGAAUGAAGAGACACCAAGCGAAAGCAGGAUAAACGCCGCGCAACCGGAUACUGCUGCUUCGACGAUUCAUGCUCCUACACCUCUCAGCCCAGCUCGCGGAGCUGCAGGCGGAUUUGGUGCGGCGGGAAAGCCAAGAGAGAGGAGCGAUAGCGAGAUGGAGAGACUGGGCAUGGGAGUGCGGAGACUAGGCUUCGGACAGGUCGGUGGUGGUGCGCCGAAGGGCGCUGCUCCCAAGGCCAUGGGCUUUGGAAGCACGAGCAAGGCGCCAGUCGUUGACGACUCAGAACGCUACGCCCGCGAAAAAUUCGGCGUACAAAAGGGCAUUUCCUCCGACGAAUUCUUCGGCCGCAACGACUACGACAGCUCCGCGAAGAACGAAGCCAAGCAACGACUGCAAGGUUUCGAAGGCGCCUCUUCCAUCUCUUCAAACGCGUACUUUGGUCGUCCGGAUGAUGAUGGACCGGAUGCGAAUGGCGAGUAUGGAGACUUGGAGACGGCGGCCAAGGACUUUGUUAGGAAGUUUGGGAUUACGGCUGGAGAUGAUUUGGAGAAUUUGACGAGUAUGUUGGGUGAGGGGGCGGGUAAGUUGCAGGGUGCUAUUAGGAGUUAUCUUAACUCUUAG